GUUUUAUAAAGACAGAUAGGCCCUCCUGGUGCUUAUCUAGCUUGAUUAGUUUUGCCUGCAGGGGGCAGACAUGCAGAAAUCGCUUCACUGAAAACUAAACGCUGUUUGGUUUCUUUUUAUUCACGUCUCUAAAAUAAACUCUGUUUGAGGAAUGAUGUAAACACAUUUAGACGCUGCUGUGUUAUACAAGGACGCAAUUAAAAUAGCCUACAGCGAUGCUGCCACUGAAGGAGAAGGAUAAAGCCAUCAUUCAGAAGCUGUUGUCAGCUGGUUGCUGUGCCCGCUGUGUCCUCAGAUUCUGCUGCGUGACCAUCCAGGCUGCUUAUCGACAAGCACAGCAUGAGACCCUUGAAGAACUUAAGGCUUUCAUUACGGAGAAGGAAAGCAACAUAGUUCAGGAUUCAACGUCCCAAACCUCUACUUAUGAGCAUAAUAAGUCCCAGGAUGCAGCACUGUCUGAAACUGUUGAAGACCCUCCCCGUAAAAGAGCUAAGCUGGUUCCCACCCAGACUGUCCAGUCAGAACCAGGCUCUGCUGCCGUGGUCACACUGAGGAAUGUGGAGUCACAUGUGUGUGUAGCUUGUUUGGGAAUCCUGCAGGAUUUAUGUGGCCCAGAUCAGGCAGUAAAGAUUGCUGAGACGGUGAAGGCCCAAAACUACGAGUUUGAUACCAUGGUCUUAUCUGUCUCUCUGCCGGCUCAGCUCUGUGUGCGAGAGCACUCCUGUUGGCUCCAUGUGAAGAAGGAAGUCAGAGAGAAGGGCUUAGUGCUUGACAAAGAUGAUGUCAUCCAGGUGAAGGAGGCCUUCAAGUGGGUCAUGCAGGGUCUGGUCACAAAAGAGCUUGGGAGCGUGGCUGUGGUUAGCAAGAGCCCGUUUGAGGUCGGUGUGGAGUUCACUCAUCCAGAGACGGAAUCUGACUGCCACUUUCUAGCCAAAUCCUGUCCCGACUGCUUCAAACCCACCAAGAACAAACAGUCGGUGUUCACUCGCAUGGCUGUGGUCAAAGCUCUGGAAAAGAUAUCUGAUGCUAGGUUUUUACAACAUUACCCUAGUCCACCAUUAGAGCCGAGCAGCAGCUGCACCCCUCGGGACAUCCAGUGUCUUCACAUGUCUGUCUUCAUAGCAGGGAGGUAUAACAAGUUCUGCCGCAGCCUGCCUCAGACUCCCUGGGUGAUCGACGGAGAGAGGAGGAUGGAGUCGUCUGUGGAGGAACUGAUCGCAGCACCGAUCCUGUCUGCCUUCAGAGCCGACGGAUUUAAUUUCUCCUCCUCGGGCAGAGAGGACGUGGAUGUCCGAACUCUUGGAAAUGGACGUCCAUUUGCCAUGGAGCUGCUGAAUCCACAUAGAUCCCGGUUCAGCAAAGUGGAGACGAAGCAGCUUCAGGAGACAAUAAACGAGUCCUCAGAUAAAGUCAGAGUGAGAGACCUGCAGAUUGUAACCAGAGAGGCCAUGAACCGAAUGAAGGUGGGAGAAGAAGAAAAGACAAAGACCUACACGGCACUCGUCUGGACUCAGAAGGCCAUCGAGAAAGAAGACAUCACCUUUAUCAAUGACAUCAAGGACCUGACUCUGGACCAGAAGACUCCUCUAAGGGUUCUGCACCGACGGACUUUGGCCAUCCGGCAGAGAGUCAUCCACAGCAUGAAUGCCCGCUACAAGGACUCGCAUCACUUCUACCUUGGUCUGAAAACACAGGCUGGAACCUACAUCAAGGAGUUCGUCCAUGGAGAUUUUGGCCGCACUAAACCAAACCUGUGUCAGCUGCUGAAGACUGAUGCGGACAUCCUGGAGCUGGAUGUGGAGUCUGUGGAUGUGGACUGGCCUCCACCCAUACCAGAGUGAAAGAUGCCCUCCCACUCCAAAACUGGCCUUAUCGUGUCCUCAGGGGGUGCAGCUUUGGGCAGACUGGUUCUGUGAAAGCGUGGUAUUGAACUGGCCCAUGUAACUGGUGCUGGGAGGCUGGAAAAUCUGGAAUUAGGAACGUGGCGUUCUCCUGGCAGGCUCUGUUCUGGGUCUGGAUCAGCUUUUGUUCGAGUGGACGUUGCAUGUAACUGUAUCUUCAGUUUCAUAACAUAUGUUUACCAGCCCUGUAAAGUUCUGUUGUGAUACAUUUAAAUUAGGUCAUUUUUGUAACUGGGGCUGUUUAAAGAUGUAUUAAAGGUUGACAUACUGGUCCAUCUAAGUCAGGCACUGUCAGACUGUCAAAAUGUGUUUCAUUACUUUUGCUUAAGCCAACUUGUUUUGUAGUUAUUCCUUUAUCAUUAAAGAGAGGUAUUUUAGUUGAUGUUGUAAAUAUGUCCAAAAAGCCUUAAAAUAAAUUUCUCUUUUAUGGUGCCAGCAUAA